GCGAUGGAGGUAAGGGGGCGGCCGCCUGCCGGGGGUUCCCGCGCGGCCUGCGUCCAGAGCCAGGCUCCGUCCUGGGACCCCUGCGGGGUGACAGGUCCAGAGCGGGAUGCUAAGCUGCAGGGGAAAGCCAGUUUACAGAACACCGUGUUUGAUGAGCGGGAGGAAGCGUGGUGGAAACCGCAAAGGAUUUUAACAGGAGAUUCCAUUACUACAUGCCUUUCUCCUUUAGUGCAUGACUUGAUUUGUAACCUUGGUUUUGAACUCAGAGAAAACUGUGAUAUCAACAGCAUUGUAACUCAAAAUGGUGAAGUAUGCUGGAAAGCAAUUACAGACCGUGUGAGCUAUGCAGAAUCAGGGCCGAGUGUGGAUUACAGGAGAAGCGUGCGGCUGUUGGGUCCCGUCUGUGAGGCCAUCCAUCUGCAUAUCUCAUCUCUGACCAGGGCACAGUUUGAAAUUAAGUAUUCACCAUGGUUCCAGUGGACAGCCUAUCCAGAGCUGUUUCUUGAAAUAUUUGAUGCCUUGAAAAGCCUGUACCCUCCUGCCAUCUCCCUCAGCGUGAUGAAAUUGGCUUCCUGUCUGGAACGAGCCUUAGGUGAUGUAUUUUUACUGAUUGGGAAGGAGUGCCCCUUUCUUCUAAGAGAUCUUCUUGCAUCUGCAGAGCUUGCACAAGUCUUUGGACACGCUGUGAUGGACGUACUGAAAGUCUUCAUCGGGUCUCCCUGUGGACUCAACCUGAGAAACAUCUUGUGGCAUGGCUUUGCUUCCCCUCAAGACAUUCCUCCAAAGUACUGUUCAGCCAUGUUGUUGUUGACAGCAGGACUGGGUCAGUUACUGAAGAGCUACCUUCACCAAGCAAAAGUCACACUGGCACAUCGACCUUUUGUAACUCUUACAAACCUAGAGGAUGUGAUCGUUUUCCCUGGUGUUACUGAUGAGGUACUCUCAGCAUUAGAGAACGUGAUGAUGAAAUCUGCCUUCUCAUUAAAAACCAUGUUACCAUACUGGGAAACGGCAGUGAGCAAGUUCAAGGUGCACAGGUUUGCUGACUGCACCAUGCUGUUGCUGUCACAGCUAGAAGCUGGACUCAGGAGAGUGUUUGCUGCAGUUAACAAAUGUCCUGAUAGACUUCUCACGGCCGAGUCAACAAUUCUAUAUACCACGUUUGAUGAAAUACUGGCAAAACACUUGAGUGAUGGUAAUAUCAACCAGCUUCCUCAUUUCCUCGGAGAGCCUGCCAUGGAAUUCUUGUGGGAUUUCCUGAACUAUCAGGAGGGUCCUCGUAUCCGGGAUCGUUUAAGCCAUGGGGAGAUCAACUUACGUGAAUUUCCGAGAGAAGCAGCAAGCCAGCUGCUCACAUUCUCCCUGGUGCUUCUGCUCAGAUUCACUGAGGAAGACACAUUGUCAGAGCUGAAGGAGGAACCAGCAAUACAGUUGCUGGUCAGUCUUGCAGAAGGCUACAGAUCUCGCUGCCACCCAGCCUUCCAGCUUCAAAAACAGGUGCUGAACUGUGAGAAAAGCCUCGGGAUGUGGCCUGUGCUGCCUGUGCCGGAAGAGCCUGGUCAGGAAGCAGCCAGAUUGGAAGGUAAUUCUGAAGCAUAUGCCUGCAACUCUUUAAUUAGCAAGAUUUUGUGUGAGCUCUGCCACCAUAUUCCCGGGAGUACUUGUGCUGUAAAUGGCUUGGAUGGUCUUCCCCCAGAGAAGUGGCCCCAGCUGCUCAAGGAACUCUGCAGCACACGCAUUCCUACCCUGUUCUGCCCCAGACUCGUUCUAGAAGUUCUGGUUGUGCUCCGAGGCAUCAGCUCCCAGUGCCAGCGUGUGUCUGACCAGGUCCUUGCCUCCUUGGAACUGAGACACAGGCAGUGGGUGGAGCACACGCUGCGCUCCAGGCAGCGUCAGAACUAUCUGCGCAUGCUCAACAGUGUUAGACUUCUGUCUCCUGCACUUUACCUGAUUUUGUUGCUCCUUGCACUGGAAUUGGUCAGUGUUCAUACUGUCCACGGUAAAAGUGCUCAGGACCGUCAGCAGUAUCUGAGGUUCUUAAAAUUGAUCCUACAGUACACUGAGAACCUGGUGGCCUAUACUAACCAAGAGAAGAACAAAUGGAAUGAAGCUAUCACUCUUACACAUGCAGUUUUGCUGAGAAUUUGGACUUUCAGUGAGAAGAAACAAAUGUUAAUGCAGUUAGCCAAACAAUCCACAAAUCAAGUUGAUACAAGUUGACAAAGAAAACACAAGUCAGGCUACUCUUGGUUGUGAGAGAAAACUCAAAUAGAUUCAACAGCAAGUAAGUUGGGUAGCAUCCAAAGGUGAGAUGGAUUCUGGUCAUGUACCAGGGAUUCUGGUGGUUCUAGGGGAUAACAGUCAUUCCAUGGGAUGAACAAAUAAUUAAACAUUUGGGAAAGACAGAAGACCAAGACAUGGAGAGAGGGAAAACAACAGCUUUAUUGAAGGAAGAGAUAUGAGGGGACCCAGAGCUUGGAGUCUGCUAAGCAGACUCUCCUGCAGUGGGUAUUUUAAUAGGGCCCCCAGGGUCCCCUUUCCCUUAUUGGUUCUUUUAAGAGUCUGGCCUCUGCCUGCUCUUCUCACAGUGUCUUCUGGGAACAAGAACAAGCUGCUUUUGCUUUCUCUGUCUAUCUCUGCCCCUCUAAUUCUGCCUCCAGGCUCAAGCUGUACUUCUGAAGCUUCCUGAUUUGGUUUCAUUGUGACCCCUGGGCUAGUCUUGAUGCCUGCAGCAGGUUUGAAUUUUCCUGUCCUCGUGGUGACAUUGGAGGAUGUGGUCGUUGCUUUGCCCCUAGUUGUUACCCAGAAACACAUGGCUUCACAUGUCUUGUUAGUCACAUGUUCAUUCUUAGAAGCUAUCCUUGUAGCUAGGGUCUAGCCAUACAAACUGUGGGGGUGUGACAGAUAGUCUCAGUUUGAUGUGUGGGCGAGUUACAGUUAUCCCUGGAGGCAGGAUUGUGUUCAUCAGUGUGCAUUUCAUGGGUAAGUAAUAAGCAGUAGCAGCUUGUGAAGGUGGAGGCCACAAAGCUGGGUGAUGAACCACAGGUCCCCAGUGAGCAUUUGUCAGAGGACACAUUUCUAGAUGAGAAGGUUGAGUGUAGGAGGUUCUGUUAGAGGGGAAGAGGACAUUGAAUCCUAAGAGUUCCCUGAAAAGCUACUUGGUUGUUUGGGGAUCUGCGAAGACAGUCUUCCACCUCAGUUGGUGGUGGCAAAAUCUGGGGAUAAUGCAUUGCUUGCAUGUGUAAUAAUACACUUAGCCAUACCAGCCUUAGUGGGUCAUGGCUUCUCAUAGCCACCUUCCACACCUUGGCUGCAAAUGUCCUGCAGCUAGCCAAGGAAGACUUUUCUGUGCCACUUUAACUGAGCUAUAGAGGAGACUUUGGGGGUACUUUGUGGCAGCUGCACAUUCUGCUUGUUCCUUUGUAAUUUUAACCCCUGCACACAAGUCAGCUUCUGGAUGAAAGAGUAAAUAUACCAAGUUGCUGUUCAUCAA